AUGCUCGGAUUCGAAAUCCUCUCACAAGCCCAACAACAGACUCGUGGACAAGUCCAACAGUCAGUCAAUGAGCUGCCUGCGUUCCCGAGGCGUCACGAUUUAACCGAAGAGCAACGCACGACUACUACUACCAGUUCUAGUACUACUACUACAACUGCUACUACUACUACUGAGGAGGCUUUUCCUACGAAAUCGACAGAAACAUCGAGUGAGGGGAAUGACAACGAGCUUUCAAGUAAAUUCGAUCUUCUCCGUAUGAUUCUAUCUAAGAUGCGUGAAAAUGCCGAAGAAAUGGGAAUAACUGGUGAUGUGCAAGUACACGUCAUUGAGCUGAAGCCGUUUAAUAACGACAAGAACUCUGCUCAGAUGCCUCAACAGUCAAUUGACGAUGCAUUUGGUGAAGUGGCCUUUCCAAAACGGGUGCUUGGACCGUGGCGAAAUGAGGAAACUCACAAUGACAUACGCGGUAAUAUCGAACUUCCUUGGCAAUUUGAUCGCGAAAACAUGCGCCCCUCGCCGUGGAGUCGUCCGGCUGAUAGACCCUAUCAAUGGGAGGGCCCUCAGGAACCCAGAUGGCAGCAAGAUAAUCAGGUGUUAUACCCCAUUUUGGAUGCUUCUGAUAGAGAGCCACAAGCGAGGUUUUCACCGCACUUCGAAAAGGAAAAUCAAGCUCCUCAGCGAUUUUUGACUGAGCCAUUUGGAAAUAAUGCGCCUGAGGUCAUCGGCCAUAUACUUGGGCAGAAAAAUGCACAGGCUCACAUGCAACUCCUACAACAGCAGAUGCAACAACAGCAAUGGCCUCAGCCGUGGCCACAGACUCCCGCGCUACAGUGGCCUCAACCGCAGCCCUGGCCUCAAGUUCCCGGAUGGGAACAGCGAUGGGAUCAACCUCAGCAAGCUCUGCAUCCAAUGAUUUGGCCACCAGUAUUCUUCGGUCAGAUGCCACCGCCACUUCAGCAACCGCCGUUUCAGCCGGUACAACUACCUCCACCGCCUCCGCCAUUCCAACCUUCUCUUGGGCAACAAAAUCAAUUUCCUUUCCCAGCUCAAAACCAGGUUCCAAUUUUUCCUCAGCCAUUCAUCACCGAUUUCAACAACAACAACAACAACUUGAACAACCUCAAUGAGAACUUGGGAAACCAGAAACCAUGGUAUAUGAAUGGGUUCGAAAACAAGUGGACACCAACAUGGGAUAAUAGCAACAAUAAGAUCGAUCAGCCAUUUAAUCCCCAUGCAGCAGCGGCUGCUUCUUCUUGGAUGGAGAAUACGGUGGCGGUAGGACCACACCCUACGGUUUCUCAAAUCACUGCUGAACAGACAACCAGCCAGACUGGACACGAUAGCGAUGGAAUUGACGGCUUCCGGAAGGAGGAGAAAUUCAAUAUACCUGUUGACAUGGCCUCUGACGUCGCUCCACAGACGGUCGACGUCAAUGCGGAACCGGCAGUGCCAGUAAACGUUCCCCUAGCGAACGCAUGGCAACAUGCUCAACCCGAAGCCGCAGAGUCAGCUCCAGCCCCUCUUGUUCCCAGUCCAUCGACUGAAUUAGCAGAGAGCGGAAGCUUCCUUCCUGUAAGGGGCGGCGAAGAGAUGGUGGUUGGUCAACCAAUAAACGACGCUCAUAAGAACAAUGUAGACGUUGCAGUGGGCGACUAUCCAAAGAAGUUCGAAGAGCCAUUUUUCCAGGUGGAUGAUCCAAACAGCUUCCGUCAAUAA